CACAUGGCGGAGCAUCCAGCAGGACACCUGGUGCUGAAGUGGCUCAUGGAGCAGGACAUGACGCUGGCAGAGGCCGGCAAGGAAGAGCGGUUCGGCAGGAUACUGGUGGACACAGUGGGAACAGACAAUCUGAAGACCUGGGUCAGAGUCAACAGAGGGGCCAUGGUGCUCUGCAGCCUCCUGAACAGCUGUGACAAGUCUGUGGCCGCAGACGUGAAAGCAGCGCUGGAGUCCAUCAAAUCAGAGCUCAGCAGCAUCAGCAACAACAAAGGAGCUGAAAUCCUGCUGGAGAAUCUCAACAAAUAGACUUUUUUUUCUUCAAACAGACUGGUGAUAUUGAUGCAUCACUCCCUGUGCAGCUGUGGGUAUUUUCCCAUCAACCGAACAAGACUGCGAGUGUCUGUAGCUGCAAAUGGGAACGAUUUCAGGAAGUGGACACGACCUGGAACACUUUUGUCCGUCCGUGAUAGAAAAAUGGACGUGAAUUUGUAUUUCUGUCUGUAAAUAAACAUGUUUGCAAGUGAUGCUAUGAGAAAACUGGUCAGAAUACACAGAUGCCGCUUGAUUGCAGGAAGCAACAUUACACAUAAUGUACACUUGUAACAUGCGACUUGUUUUUUUUCAAUCGCUUUAAGUGAAACUCAACAUUUCUUUCGCAAUAAAAGCACACGUGGUAAAAGCACUAUGCCCUUUGAGCUGCUUUUAGAGUGAAACAUCUGCAGGAAGUGUUGGGUUUGACUGUAGCUUAAUUUAAAAAAAACACGUGUACAAUUAAUGAGCAAUUAACAGCAUUUCAAUUUCAAAUUAACAAAGAAAAACCAAAAUUGAUGAUUGGUGAUUUGAGUGAACUGGCCCUUUAACGCAGUGAAUACAAACCACAGCACAGGUUCUAGCUGUGCAAUGGUCCUGAUCGUUUGUGCCACCCUGUUUCAGAUGUUUAUUCCAAGAUUUUGUACCUUGUGAGGAAUAAUUGUACCAACUAAAAACACAUGUUUGCAAUAAUAAAGAUUAUUCUAAUUACUAAA